AUGGCACGUAAAAUUAAUGAUAAAGGUUUCAACCUCAUAAAGGAAUUCGAAGGAUUUCGGUGCGAUUAUUAUAUUGAUCCAGCAGGUUACAAAACUAUUGGAUAUGGUCAUGCUUGCCAUGCUAAUGAUUGCACUAAUAUCAAACCUCCUCUUAAUGAGGCCCAGGCAGAGGAUUUACUCAGAGAAGAUUUAAUUAAAUUUGAAGAAUACGUUGAGUCAUCAUCACCAGGACUUAAUUUAAAUCAAUUCUCUGCAUUAGUUUCAUUUACCUUCAACCUUGGUUGCAAUGCUUAUAAGAAUUCUACCUUACUUAUAAAAAUUAAAAACGGCGAUUUUGAGAGUGCUUCUGAUGAAUUUGGCAAGUGGGUCUAUGCUGGUGGAAAAAAAUUGAAUGGUUUGGUGAGAUGUCGUGAAGCUGAAAGAGAAUU